CAUUGAAGACACCAACGCCGACCCACCCCAAUACAUACUACUCCCCGUCAGCACACACUACCCUCAGUUCAUGUCCCCUGACUUUGACGUUUACAACAAGAACCGGAAACUGUGGAGCAAUGAUUGUAACGGCAUCAUAAACAUUCUCAUAGCGGCUGCCAAGGAGGUCUUUGAUGAGGAAAAGGCUUCAAGCUUCAUUCUCGGGGUGACAGAAAGAGAGAUUGAAGAGGGCAUACUGAAGAACUUCAGGAGUGAUGAAUGUUUUUGGCUGAAACGGGAGAUUCGGGAUCUCGAUCUAGGACAUAAAAGUAUAUCCAGAUAUAAAGACACUGUGGGCGAGGACGACUGGGCUUUACGGAACGCUCGGCUCUUUGACAACCUUGAGAUGCAGCUGAAGGCAACACUCCCUGCGUCCAGUAUAGAGACGAUUUCAGUGGACUGGUCAGAUAAUGCCAUUGACCCAUAUUCAAACCCUAAGCACAGAAAGUACACUGACGAACUGUGUGAGGCGUUUGAAACCCGAGUGGAGGACACGUUCAACAGGGCAGCAGAAGCCCUGAGUUCCGAGGGUCUGCAUGACAGACUACUAGCGGAGCUGGCCCAGCAUACAGCCUUAGCGCAGGCCAAGUGCAAGGACUUUUAUGGAAGAGAAGACUUAAUGAAGAAAAUCAAGUCGUAUCUCCUUUCUGAGAAAGUACCGAAAAAGCCUUUGCUUAUAUCUGGAACUUCCGGAAGUGGCAAAACAACAGUCAUUGCCAGGACAAUGAAGGAGGCUUUAGAAUGGAGAGAUGGAAAGGUUGCUAUAGUUACCAGGUUCAUCGGUACGACUCGAGAGAGCUCACGCGUGGGUACAGUGCUGGCUAGUAUGACACGUCAGAUCCAGAAGAUAUAUGGCCAGGAAGGUGCUACAGACGAGUUUCAAAGUUUCAAUGAAACAUGUAUACGGUUCACGUCCAGCUUGAGCAUGGCGACCGGAAUCUGUCCACUUGUAGUGUUGCUGGACAGCUUCGAGCAGCUUGACCCCCUGGAGGAAGCCAUGAACCUUGCUUGGAUCCCAAUACCUCUCCCACUUAACGUGAAGAUUAUCAUCUCCUGCCUUGAAGAAGGGGACAUCAAAAAUAAGCUCACUGACGACGUUAAACCAAUUGAGCACAAACUGGAAGGAUUUUCCUCAUCGGAUGCAGUUAGCACCCUGAAGCAAUUGCUGAAACAGGAAGGUCGAUGUUUGACAAACUCUCAGCUGGAGGAGGUCGGGGCUGCCUUUGCUAGAUGCAGUCUCCCUCUGUUUGUUCGUCUCACCCUUCAGGAGGCUCUCAGGUGGAAAUCGUUCUCGCCUCCAGCAGACACGCGGUUGAAAGCAACAGUCCAGGAAGCUGUUCGUGCCUUCUUUCAACGCAUUGAACAAAACCACGGGCGUAUCUUCACAAGCCAUGCUCUGGCAUAUAUAACUCUUGCCCGUCGCGGUUUGAGUGAGAGCGAGUUGGAAGACAUCCUGUCUUGUGAUGAUGAGGUUUUAAACGAAGUGUUCAGUUUCUGGGUCCCACCAAUCCGGCGUUUACCUCCCUUGAUCCUGGUUCGACUCAAGAAUGACCUUGACCUGUACAUAGCUCAGCGAGAGAUUGACAACUCCCCUGUCUUAUUAUGGAAUCACCAGCUGUUUAAAGACGUGGCACAUGACAUGUACUGCAGUGACGUCACGAUCACGAAGACGCUACAUGAGAAUUUGGCGGACUUUUUCUCGGGAAAAUGGUCAGAUUGUGAAAAACCGUUCAAAGACAGAGAUGGAAAGGACGGAAGUGCAGACAGGCGUGUUACCGCUCAACCAGUGAUGCAUGGGGAGGAGGCAAAUUUGAGAAAGCUGAAUUGUCUCCCUUGGCACUUUAUGCAACUUCAGGAUUUCUCAAGAUUGAACGAAGAAUGUUUAUUCAACAUCGAUUUCCUCACAGUCAAGAUGAAAUUCACAAGUGUGAGGUCUGUCAUUGAUGACUUCACCGAUGCGAUGACGUGUCUGGUGAAUGAGAGCAAGUUGUACGGAACGAUUAGGGACACCAUUCAGAUAUCCCAGAAGGCACUUUUCAAUGACGUCAAUGAACUUCCGACACAGCUGCUCAACAGACUCGUGAAGAAAGAUGAUAGCUUUAGGCUUUUGUUGGACAACUGCCGCAAGGUGGCGUUCCCGAUCUUGAUAUGUGACCAACAACUCCUCACGUCUCCUGGCGGCAACCUGCAACAUUCCUUCCCGAGUCACCAAGGAAGAGUUGUCUCCCUUGAUUUAACGCAGGAUGGCUAUACUGCUGUCACGUAUGGAAAGGACAGGAAGGUGAUGAUAUGGGACGUAAGGAAUGGAAGCCUCGUGCAAUCAUUUGAUACUGGAGACGAGGAGCCAAUCAAAGCCCUUCUUGCAUACGACGACCAGGAUAUCGUUGUCGUAACCAAUCAGUCUUUUUCUACCUUCCACAGGACAUCGGGAAAACGGUUUGGGAAUGUUACUUUUCAAAGCCUUGGAAUCAACGUCCCGGCUGUCUGUGUGGCUGGUAAUGCAAGGGACAGCAAAACUAAGCUCCACGUGCAUAAUCCGUUCGUGUUGGCGGUGACAAACGACCAGAUAAUCAAGGCGGGUGCCAGGACGCUUGAUGUCAAACACAUGGAGAAACACAGGAUUGAUGAGCUGUCUGAAGGGAAGAUUGGACAGGGUUCAAUCUGUGUUGGAUUUGUCGGCUACAUUGCUGUGACGGAUGAAGACCGAUAUCAACUGCAAGUCUUCUCACUGAAGGACUUCAAGCGUCUGGCUUUAACACGGGUCUAUCCAGCAUUUGAGCUUGGGGGUAACGUGGGACUGUCAAUAGAAGCCAUGUGUUUCUCUAAAGAGGGUGACUGUCUGUUCGUCUCCAACUGGAGGGAUGGAAAUAUCCUGUGUCUGGACGUGAAGGAUUUGAAGGAAACAAGCAGACUCUCAGGGGAUGUCGAACCCUACAACUUCCGGGUUACAAAGGACGAGGGCAUCCUGUAUUUCCCUUCAGGCAAUAAGGUUGUACUACGAGAUAAGAGAAACCACAACCACACAAGCUUAGCCGACCACCCGUGCCGUGUUCUGUUCUGCGCAACUAAGGACUUCAACCCACUGGUGACGGUUGGACAGGACAGCGUUAUCCGACUAUUUAACGCUGGUACCAAACUGGCGUGGCCUGCGACAAGAUCUCUCUUUGAAGAACCCGAAAAUAUGAUACAAAGCCUGUGUCUGUUCCGGAAUCCUCGCUAUGCCCUGGCCCUGAAGGUAGCAACGGACAGGUCAAGACAGGUGCUUGUUCAGGAUCUGCUGGAGGACAAACUCGUUAGAUGCGCCACAUGUAAGGGUAACUUGGAGAUGGAGGUAUACGAGGAGGAGCCUGGAAAUGUCACAGCUAUUGUACGAGGGCCGUCGGGUAAACUGUCCAUCCUUGACCUUGAACAUAUGACCGCGACCCGCCUUGGCCUGUCGACCAAAGACCUUUCGCCCAGGUCAUUCCGGAUUCUCAAGAAACAUGAUGGUAUUGUGGCCGUCAGCAGUGGCGGUGACAGCAUCAACAUCUACGAUCUUAAGCACAACAAGAAGGAGAAACUUCCGUGUGAAAAAGAAAACAUAGCAAACUUCCAGGUUAAUGAGACUGAGACAGUGUUGGCCGUGGCUACAGAGGAUGGGUCGUGCAUCGUCUACAAUCUGGAGAAACAAGUCCGUCUGUUUUGUCUCAAGCCAGAGGAUAUCUGUCCCGAGAGUCCAGACAUCUGCGAUUUUCUGAGAGUGUCAGGCGUCACGAAUGACGGGAAGUUGCUGGUUCUGGAAACUGCGGAAUUGCCAAAAAUAUGGAAUAUUAAAAACGAUCAAGCCUCCAGUGACCUAGAGAUUUACUGGGAUGCGGGAGAGGACAUAGAGCUCUCACACACUACAGUACUUCCGGGGAACAAGCUCCUUGCAGCGACAAAUGCCGGAGCUACAUAUGUGUUCGACAUUCAGACAGGGCAUACUUUGGCUGAAAACUCCUUUCAUCGUGGAGAGGUUCGUUUGUCGUCUAGUCAGGGCGACACCUACUUGACCUACGGUGAGGACUCCCAGGAUCAGGUCAUCGCUGUGUGGAGUAAAACAAAGAUGGCGCCCAUGGCUACAUUUACUUCAGAUCAGCAGCUGGAUGAAGUGACGCUAAGUGAAGAUGGGAAGUUCGUCGUAGGCUGUCUGAGCAACCCUGCCAAAAUUGUCACCUGGCACGUUCAAGACCUUAGUAAAGCGCGGGAAAAGUGCAUGGAUGGCAGAGCCCUUUUCAGAAAUGAAGUAUUGGACAUGAAUCUGAAACUAGACGAAGAGGAACCUACCGAGGACAGAUACUCGACAGAUGACAAUCUCGAGUCGGAAGAAGAAGAGGGGGGAAACCUCGAUGAUUUUUUUUAAUAAUGAAUGAAGUUUGACCCCGCACACCAGAGUCGCACAGUGAACAGCUCCCUGCACUGUCACCGAUGUCUUGAUACUGACACGACCUGGUCCACCUAUACAGCAUUAAAUCACACUGUUUGGCAGUACCAUUAACUCAACAUUCGAGAAAUUGUGAUCAAAUAUAAUUGUUUAUCA